UUCCAAAGUGCUCUGCUUUUUUUUUUUUUUUUCUUUUUAACAUAGAAACACACGAGUCGGGCCUGAUUGAGGCAAAGCCCAACCCAUAUUUAUGGCGGGAAAGUCGAAGUGAUACCAACAGGCGUGUCGUGUGCGUGUCCGGUAAGCUUCGUGAAUGCCCAUUAAAAGUCGUCAAACUUGAGAAACGUACCGCCGUCCUCAACCGCUGUACUACUCCUUUCACUACUCUACUCCUCAUUUUCCGCUUUCACCUUCUUUAGUACAGUCUCAUUUCCCUCAUUUUUUUGCCCCCACAUUGCUCGCCCCUAGUCUCCUCGCCAUCACAGAUAAGAGAUAAUGACGCUUUUGAGGUCUCGCGAGGUGACUUCGGCAUCCAAGCCUAAACUCUCUCCAAAAACCCUAGAAAAUGAUGUAUUGGAACCGACAAAUCCAUCAAAAUUUCUCGAGACUUUAGUCCAACCUCUAUGUAACGUCACUCCCACUUCUCCUUCUUUGGCUACUUGUGACAUUCUUCGUGUUGCUGGAAGGAGGAGUUUGAGAUUGGCUUCUAAAACUGGUUUGAGGGAAGUUAUGAGUCAUAAAGGAAAGAGUAAGGAUUUUGAGAUUGAUAAUGGCAAGAAUUUGAACAGUGUUCUUGGUGUAGAAACGGGGGGUUUGGGGGUGUUACAUAGUGAAGCAGUUGAAGAAGUAGGUCUGAGUGAAUCUGAUGAUAAAGGAAAUUCAGCCUGCAGUGAGGAAAGAAUUGAAAAUAUGAAAGAGGGAAAUGAGGAGAAAAGGACAAGUAUAGAAGUGCAGGGAGAAGGGGACACUAAGUUUUUGAGUUUGCGGUCAGGCAAGAAAAUCUAUAAGAGAGUAGUUGAAGAAUGCAGUGGUGGCUCCGUGGGCGAUACUGGAUCUGUUGGGAAUGGUUGCGAUGAGAUGUUGUCUCAAGGAAAGCUAAGUGAAGGAAUGCCAAACUGUUUCUGUUCAGAUGGCUCCAGAGAUAAGUUAGGGACAAGUUCAGUUGAACCUUCAAGUGUUAAGAGGAGGAGAUUCAGUAGAGAAGAGAAAUGUAAAGCCACAGUUUCUGAACAGGAUUUGUUGGUGGUUCAUUCGGUGAAAUUGGAACCAGAGGUAGCAUACGAGAUAUUAAUUGAACACACAGUACCUGACUCUGCCUGUUUUUCAGAAACUGUUCAGGGUGAUGGGCAAGCUGUCACUUUACAAAAUCGCGAUUCAGGGACAAGGAGGCUUAGCAGAGAGGAAAAGGGAAAAAAAGUGAUGGCUGGGGAUGAUUUGCGUCAUGAUGUUGAUACAUUGGAAGGAAAAUCCAAGCAUGGGGCAGAGAAACUUGUUGAUGAAAUCAUUUCAAGUGCUAUUAAUUCCUCAGAGAAUAGGACUAUUCAGGAGGGAGAGCAAGUUUCAGAUACCAAUGGCAGUGUAACUGAUACAAGAAGAGUUCAUAGAGAAAGAUUUAGGGAUAUUGCUAGGCGAAAUGCUUUGAGGUUUGCUCAUUUCUCUUCCCAAGCAGAAGAGGAUACCAAUGUCGCUGAUGAGGCUGCUGAGGAAAUUCCACAGGAGACAAUGGGGACUGAAGAAACAGAAGACUGGCCCGGUCCAUUUUCAACUGCUAUGAAAAUUAUUAGAGAUCGUGAAACGAACAUCAAGCAUCAACAGAAGAGUAACUCUGAGAAAAGUAAGAUUGAAGUGGUAUGGUUUCCCAUAAAGGACCAACAAUGCCAAUCUAGAAAGCUGGUGGUUCCCUCACUACAAGACCUUUGCAUGGGCAUUUUAGUGAAGAAUGCAGAUGCAAUCACUUCACUUGAUUGUGUACCUGAUGCACUUAGGCACAAGAUUUGCCGGUCACUGUGCGAUGCUAGGAAAAUGACGUAUCAAUUUUUUGAACUUCUUAUCCGUGGAUCUCCUACAGAUAUACGUGUAAGGGAUUGUUCAUGGUUGAAUGAGGAGCAGUUCACAGAAAGCUUUGAAGGAUGCAAUACCAACAACUUGGUGGUGCUUCAACUGGAUCAAUGUGGUCGCAGUAUGCCAGAUUAUAUCCUAUUGGCUACAUUAGCUCGUUGUCCAAACAAUCUCCCUGCAUUGACGACCUUAUCCUUGAAAGGUGCAUGUCGUCUUUCAGAUACUGGGCUAAAGGAGAUCAUCUCUGCAGCACCUAAUUUAAGGUCAAUGAAUCUUAGCCAGUGCUCUUUGCUUACAUGUGAUGGAGUUAUCUGUUUAUCUAAUUCAUUGGGAUCAGUUCUGAGGGAGUUAUAUCCAGACAAUUGCGAAGCAAUAGAACCCAUGUUUAUUCUGCCAGCAUUGCUAAAGCUAGAACAUUUGGAAGUUCUAUCAGUAGCUGGAAUUCCGACUGUUUGUGAUGCUUUUAUUAAAGAAUUUGUCACUCAUCGAGGUCAGAGUCUGAGAGAGAUUGUUCUGAAGGGAUGCAUGGAAUUGACCGACUGUUCUCUGAAAGAGAUUUCACUAAACUGUCCUGGAUUACGUGCUAUAGAUCUCAGCGACUUGCUUAAAUUGACAGACUCUGCAAUUGGACAUCUCGCCGCUGGUUGUAGAGCAGUUGACUAUCUAAAACUCUGUCGCAAUGCAUUCAGUGAUGAAGCUGUUGCUGCUUAUGUGGAAACUAGUGGGGAUUCUUUGAAGGAACUGUCUCUCAAUUCAGUCAAUAAGGUUUCACACAACACUGCAAUGUCUCUAGCCAAGUGUUCAAAAAAUUUGAUUAGUCUGGAUUUGUCUUGGUGCCGCAACUUGACAAAUGAAGCCCUGGGAUUGAUUGUUGAUAACUGCUUGUCGUUGGAAGUAUUAAAAUUGUUUGGUUGUACUCAGGUUACUGGUGCUUUUCUGGAUGGGCACUCAAAUCCCCAAGUUCAGAUCAUUGGAAUGAAGAUGACUCAUAUACUUCAGCACAUUGAGGCGCCAGAUUCCCUGAAGCAGGGGCCGCUGCGAUAUUCAGCAGUACCAUCUUUAUUCUGAUGAUUUUGUUCAAAGUAUUAAAAAUGGAGUUGGUCCUCUUGAAUGCCAGAAAUCAUAACCUCACCCUCUCACUACAUUUUGAAACUAGAUAAGCUGUUUUAUGAUUAUGCUUCCCAUGCUCAUAUGGGAAAUCGAUACUACAUUUUGAACGUCCAAAUUUAAAAAAGAAAUCCCAAAAUCCUACUAAGUACAUUUUUGUAGCAUCGUUUUUAAGCAAAAGUGGCAUCUGAACUAUUAUUUUGUAGUAUUGAUUUGAAAGUGUACUUUCAUGUACUCGUUUUCUGGUGUUGGAAUUGGAUGAAGUAUGUUUAUAUAUGAAUAACUUCCUAGCCAA